AUAAAUACAAGGGCCAGCAGGCUGCAGGGGUGUCGCAGACGAAGGCCGGAUCUCCUCCUUCCCUCUCUCUUCUCUCAGCUCUCCUCUCAAACUCAAAGAGUCAGGAUGCCUCACUCAUACCCUUUCCUCACUCCUGAGCAGAAGAAGGAGCUCAGUGAUAUUGCUCAGAGGAUUGUUGCUACCGGCAAGGGAAUCCUCGCCGCAGACGAGUCCACCGGCAGUGUGGCCAAGCGCUUCCAGAGCAUCAAUGCUGAGAACACUGAGGAGAACAGGAGGCUGUACCGCCAGCUCCUCUUCACCGCUGACGACCGCGUCAACCCUUGCAUCGGUGGCGUCAUCCUCUUCCACGAGACCAUGUACCAGAAGACCGACGAUGGCAAGCCCUUCCCACAGUACCUCAAAGAAAGAGGCAUGGUGGUGGGCAUCAAGGUCGACAAAGGUGUUGUCCCCCUGGCCGGAACCAACGGCGAGACAACCACCCAGGGUCUUGAUGGACUGUAUGAGCGCUGCGCCCAGUACAAGAAGGAUGGCGCUGACUUCGCCAAGUGGCGUUGCGUCCUGAAGAUCACCCCAACCACCCCCUCUAAGCUGGCCAUCCUGGAGAAUGCCAAUGUCCUGGCUCGCUACGCCAGCAUCUGCCAGAUGCACGGCAUCGUCCCCAUCGUGGAGCCUGAGAUUCUCCCCGAUGGUGACCACGACCUGAAGCGCUGUCAGUACAUCACUGAGAAGGUCCUGGCUGCCGUCUACAAGGCCCUGUCCGACCACCACGUCUACCUGGAGGGCACCCUGCUCAAGCCCAACAUGGUUACCGCCGGACACUCCUGCUCGCACAAGUACAGCAACCAGGAGAUCGCCAUGGCAACUGUUACCGCCCUGCGCCGCACCGUGCCCCCUGCAGUCCCUGGCAUUACCUUCCUGUCUGGUGGACAGAGCGAGGAGGAGGCCUCCAUCAACCUGAACGCCAUGAACCAGUGCCCUCUGCACAGGCCCUGGGCCCUGACCUUCUCAUACGGCCGUGCCCUGCAGGCCUCUGCCCUCAAAGCCUGGGGUGGCAAGAAGGAGAAUGGAAAGGCAUGCCAAGAUGAGUUCAUCAAGAGAGCUUUGGCUAACAGCCAGGCCUGCCAGGGCAAAUAUGUUUCCUCUGGAAGCAGCUCUGCUGGUGGAGAGUCUCUGUUUGUGGCUAAUCAUGCUUAUUAAGCGUGGACACCCUUUCCACCUGCUUCCCUCCAUCAUUACAUCACCAUGGAAAAGGGCGUGUCCUGUAUUGCACUGCCUAUGAAAUUCUCUCUUACCCACAGCAAGAGUAUCAACAGCACUGUCACGACGUCUUGGUUGAAAGCAAAAGAGAAAGAAGGAUAAAACUUUCCUUUGGGUUGUUGCUGCAGCUAGGAGAUUCUGGAAGUUUUCUGCCUCCAUUCCCUUACCUUUUAUUUUUAAACACCUUUUUUUCAGGUGACGAUUCCCUCACUGUUUUUACACAACUUGUACUAUUUUCCUUGGUUUGAUCCCACCAACUCCAGUAUAUGAUUUAUGCUGGCACCACGGAAUAAAGUAUUUACCCUAACA